UCCCAAACGGGAUUCCUUUUUUACAAUCGCAAAGAGCGUAUUCUCGUGUAAUUGUGUUGUGUGGUGGCUGUCGUCGCGUUGUUUUGUUUUUUCUAAUUGCAGAUAUGGAAGUAGCUAGUUUACCUAGCUUGUGGCUAACCAGCGUUAGCUAAGCAUACAUGAACGUCAGGACACGGUGCAGUGGGGCUGAUUCUAACUGUUGAUUUCGCCUAUAUGUACAAUUUAAGAACGCGGCAUUGAAGGUGAAUGUUUACCUGCAACCCCUUAAAAGACCCAAUGGCUACCGACAUGCCCAUGGACACGGUGCUGGCUCCCCAUCCUGCCCCAGCCUCGCCCCCCGACACCGCCCCAGCUUCCCCUCCUGCUCUCAGCUCUAGUGCAGCCCAGGACCAGAUCACCGCAGAGGUGCCAGCAAUAGCUGAAAUCCCAGACAGAGCGGUGACCUCAGAACACGAUGCCGCUCCAGAUCUCAACCCGGCUCUUCCGACAGACCCGGACGCCGCCCCGGUCCUCGUUCCGGGUUCUGAGCUGCUCCCGGCCCCUCUGCUGCCAGUCAGCGCUAAGAACCCCAGCUGCAAGAUAAUGACCUUCCGACCCACCGUGGAGGAGUUCAAAGACUUCGCCAAAUACAUCGUCUACAUUGAGACUCAAGGAGCUCACCGUGCUGGCCUGGCAAAGGUGAUUCCCCCGGAGGGCUGGAAGCCCCGGAGGUCCUACGACACCAUCGAGGACAUGGUCAUUCCAGCUCCCAUCAUGCAGGUGGUGACCGGACAGUCGGGUCUGUUCACCCAAUACAACAUUCAGAAAAAGUCUAUGACCGUGAGCGAGUACCGCAAGCUGGCCAACAGCAAGAAGUACUGCACACCCCGGCACAAAGACUUUGACGACCUAGAGAGGAAGUACUGGAAGAACCUGACGUUUGUGUCACCCAUUUAUGGUGCUGAUGUCAGUGGGUCCAUCUAUGAUGAGGACAUUCAAGAGUGGAACAUUGGCCACCUCAACACACUGCUGGAUAUGGUGGAGCAGGAGUGUGGCAUCGUCAUCGAGGGCGUCAACACUCCCUACCUCUACUUCGGCAUGUGGAAGACCACGUUCGCCUGGCACACCGAAGACAUGGACCUCUACAGCAUCAACUACCUGCACUUUGGACAGUCAAAGUCCUGGUAUGCCAUCCCACCUGAGCAUGGCAAGAGGCUGGAGAGGCUGGCUAAAGGCUUCUUCCCUGGCAGCUCCCAAGGCUGCGACGCCUUCCUUCGCCACAAGAUGACGCUGUUAUCCCCCUCAAUCCUGAAGAAAUAUGGCAUUCCCUUUGACAGGAUAACUCAGAAUGAAGGAGAGUUUAUGGUCACCUUUCCUUACGGCUACCAUGCUGGCUUCAACCAUGGCUUCAACUGCGCAGAGUCCACAAACUUUGCCACCCUUCGCUGGGUCGACUACGGCAAAAUGGCUACCCAGUGUACCUGUCGUAAAGACAUGGUGAAGAUCUCCAUGGACGUGUUUGUGCGCUGCUUGCAGCCGGAUCGCUACGAGAUGUGGAAGCAGGGCAAAGACACCGCGGUGUUGGACCACCUUAAGGCCACUGGGCUCAGCAGCCCCGAGCUAGAGCGCUGGAGGGAGCAGCGUGUAAACCACAGAGCAAAUGUCCUGAGAAGGGCCAUGCAGAAGAUGAAGCAAGUCCGUCGUUUAAAGCUGGAGGAGGUGAAGGUGCUGGCGCAGGAAGGCAUUGAGUUAAAUGCUGCCGAGUACCAACAUCAGGUGGAGGAGCGUGAGGCCCAACGGAGGCAGGAGAGAGAGGAGCGUCUAGCCAAGGAGGCCAUGAUGACCCUGGAGGCCAUGGAGCGUGAGGAGCAGGAGGCUGCCGAAGCUGCUGCCAAAGUCGCAGAGAAUCCAGCUGUAGAGGAACCCGAGGCCAAACCACAGAACCUGACUGAGGACACAGAGAAAAAGAAGCAGAAAAAGUCGAAGAAGAUGUCAAUUAUCCACAACGCUAUCACUGGGUUUGAGGAAGCAUUUGAGCAGUUUGCUACAUCCAGCAUCAAGACUUCAAAGAACUCCAUGGUCGGUCAACCAGAGGAGGGGGAGAGUGAUCUCCCAGCAGACAACAAGCUGGAUGCAUCCUUCUCCAAGGUGAAGAGUCGCCGUCACCCCCUCAGCAAGCCGACCAUGCGCUCCCCUCUGUCCAUCCUCAAACAAGACCCGACCAGCGACAAAGAGCUGUCGUCCCCCAUGCCACUGGACAGUGACAUGAAGAAACGGGAGCACCUGUGGCAGAAUCACUCGCCCAACUUCCUGGCAGAGAAGGCCUUCAAUGCUGCAGUGGCAGCACUCCAGCCACACUGCGCUAUCUGUUCACUCUUCUGUCCCUACACAAAGCCACACAAAGACAGUUUUGUUGUAAAUGACACCCAGCAUGGCUCCUUUCCCCGCCUGACGCGUCCCCUGGUCCCAGAGAUGUGCUUCAGCGUUGGUGCAGGCAACACUGAGCCUCCGCCCACCAACUAUCACAUUGGAGAGGACGGAACCAGUCCUCUGCUCUGCUGUUCAUCCUGCCACAUGCAGGUUCAUGCCAGUAAGUAUAAAAACCCUCAAUUGUGUGCCAAAAACUGGAGUUCCCUAAAUGGCCACUCUAGGCGGGCUCCAAAAGCAAAACAAUCCCCAUAGAGCCUAAUGUUAAAAUGCCCAAUUUUACAGCAGAAAUAAGCUUGUUCACAGCUUGGUGGGGAAAAAAAAAAAAAAAAAAGUUGUGCCAUGUUGCUAGCAGCAAGCUGUCGGCUCUGCUGCGUUACCCGGCUCCCUUCACAAUGGCUUCACAAUGGCUCUUCAGAAACCUAGGGCUGAUGUUACAGCGACUUCGCUUGGUGACAGCUGUACAAGUUAAAACGUCUUUCCCUUGCAUAUCUAAUAGUUUUAGCUGAGCAGUUAAAAAUGAAUCUGAGCCCAACAGCUCGCAGCUCCAGGAAGAGCAAGUACAGUCACUGAGAACAGCCUCUGGUUUGUCAGGAUGUCACAUUUUUUCUAUUUUUUAUUUAUUUAUAACAAAAGUAAUUGAACUAUUAAGAGCUCAUGCUAAUUUUAACUAUUAAAGAGCAAACGUACAAUUAAAAAACCAAAAAAUUGUAAACGUUCUUUGCUUUCUCCUUAUUGUUGUGGAAAGGCUAUGUUUGAUUCUGUUCAACUGGGAGACUCUUGGCUGAGGGCAUACUGUAGCGUCUGAUUUAUAACACUCCAUGGGCUUCAAGCCCAUACACAGACUGACAAGCUUUACAGACAGACUCUACUGGGCAUUUCUCUACUCUUUUUACUUUAUUUCAUCCUUGGACCCCUGAGAAUAGUGUUGGAAAAAUAGGAGGCACAGAAGAUGAGACUCCACUACAGCAGUACAACAAUCUGCCUGCUCAAUCCCCCUGUUGCCCCGCUUAGUGAGGCGUCCUAGUUCAACUCUCCUUGACUCGGGUUAAAAUAGCUGAGAGGCCGCUCAAGCAAUGCAAAGGCCUCUCUGAAGGCAACACACCAAAAACUACCCCAGCUCUUAUUUGCUCUGCUUUCCGCACUAAUCAUAUUUCACAAAGAAAUUCAGCUAUUGAGGGAAUAUGGCUUCUGUCAAAGCAAAGCGGGAAAGGACAGGCAGCUUGUUAACUUUGUGUAUGAGUGUAUGAGCAUUGGGAGCUCUGUGCUUGGCUCUACUUCUCAUUGCUAAAUGUUAACAAAUAGAAAAAGGGUCUUUUGGCGAGUUGUUUAUGUGUGUGUGUGUGUGUGUGUGUGUGUGUGUGUGUAUAUUGGUUGGGGGAUUGGUGGAAUAUGUCAGCGACUGGCUGAGUACAUUGCCAUUUGGCUUUUUUGGGCUCACUUUAUUCAGCUAAUUAAAUGGUCUGCCUCCAAAGAGCGAGAGCUGCUCAGCCACGGCUCAGCACGCAGAGAGAGACGGUGGGGAAAACAGCAUGUAGAGUCAGCAUAUUUUCAACGCGGGGAAAUAAGGGUUCAUUUCAACCAAACCAGAGUUGGUGAUGGAUGGAAAGACUAACCAAGAUCUAAUCCACUGCUUGAACAGAUGAUCUACCAGCUGGAACAAUGGCAGGGGCGAGCAGUUGUAGAGCCGUGCUACACACACACACUACAUGUGUGAAUAUAUCGGCAAUUGCUGGUCGUUGGGCUGGUGGUGUCUGGUUGGAAAGUUGUAGUAUACAGUCAGGGCUGUAAGUAUUUGGACGGUGACACAAUUUUUCUAAUUUUGCCUCUUUACACGACUCCAAUGGAUUUGAAUGGAAGCAGUCACUAUGUGGUUGAAGUGGAGACUUUCAGCUUUAAUUAAAUGGAUAAAACAAAAAUAUGACAUGAACCGUUAUGGAACUAUGUCCAUUUUUAUACAGUCCCCCACAUUUACAGAGGCUCAAAAGUAAUUGGACAAUUGUCUGACAAACGGUUUCAUGGCCAGGUGUGGUCGGUUCUGUCACUAUUUCAUGUCAGAUGAUGCAGACAAUAGGAUUCAAAAUGUUAAAUUAGCAUUUGGUAGCUGGUCCAUGGAACUCUCAGCAUGCGGACCAAAGAGGUGUCAAUGCAGGUGAAGGAGGCCGUUAUUAGGCUGAAAACACUGAACAGACCUAUCUGACAGAUGGCAGAAACAUUAGGAUUGACCAAAUCAACAGUUUGGUACAUUUUUAAAAGGAAGGAAUGCACUGGCAAGCUCACCAACACCAGAAGACAUCUAAAGUGGAUGAUCGCAGAAUUCUUUCCUUGGUGAAGAAAACCCCUUCAUAACAUCUACUGAAGUCAAGAACACUCUGGAGGAGGUCGGCGCGUCAUUGGCAAAGUGUACAAUCAAGAGAUGCCGUCAUGAAUCUAAAUACAGAGGGUUUACAACAAGCUGCAAACCACUGGUAACACUGAAGAACAGGAAGGCCUUUACCAGAAAACAUCUGAAAAAACCUGAGCAGUUUGGGAAAAAGAUUCUUUGGAUGGAUGAAACCAAGAUGAACUUGUACCAGAAUGAUGGAAGAGAAAAGUGUGGAGAAGGAAAGGAACGGCUCAUGAUCUGAAACAUUCCACAUCAUCUGUCUAACAUGGUGGAGGCAGUGCUAUGGAUGGGCAUGUAUGGCUGCUAAUGGAACUGGGUCUCUGGUGUUUAUUGGUGAUGUAACAGCUGAUAGAAGCAGCAGGAUGAGUUCUGAGGUGUUUACGGCUAAACAAUCUGCUCAGAUUCAGCAUAAUACUACAAAACUGAUUGGAUGGCGCCUCACAGUGCAGAUGGAUUAUGACCCAAAAGAUAAUGUGAACACAACCCAAGAGCUUCUCAAGGCAAAUAAAUGGAAUAUUUACUGAAAAUAAAACUGAAGGCAGAAAGACCCAGAAACAGCAACUGAAGGAGGCUGCAGUAAAAGGCCUGGCAAAGCAUCUCCAGGGGAAAACACUCACUGUUUUUGAUGAUGUCUAUGGGUGCCAGACUUCAGGCAAUCAUUGACUGCAUUAAAGUAUUAAAAAUAAUGAUUAUAUUCACAAUUAUGUUUGUUUGUCCAAUUACU